AACGUGUGUCUUGCCAUGUUUUCCCAGUCCGUGUGUGUCUUUUUAAUGCACAACAUGCACCUCACGUUGAACAGAAGUGUGUAUCUGAUACUUCAGACUAUAUUAUUACCAUAUGCUUUCUUCCAUCCAGACGAAAGAUUAACCAACUUCACUGUGGAGGUCCAUGCUUCUGACCCAAUGACCAGCAACAACACCGGCCUACAAGUCUGCUAUUUGCAUGAAGGCACGGUGGGCAGCGGUCUGACGGUAGACUUGACCUGCGCCGUCAACACCAUUGGACGUUACGUCAGAAUUGUCAAGUACAACUCCGGUGAUGCGCCCUUGACCUUGUGUGAAGUGGCGGUGAGGGGAGCCCCAGUGCGCAACACAGGCGGAGUAUCAUAUGCCGUGUUCAGUCGUCACAGCACAGGAGCCAGGGAGUCUCACAACAUCAUCGCCAGCCAUGAAAACAUCCGGAACCUCGACUGUGCCAAGAUGUGUCUCCGUAAGGCGACUUGCAACGCCUUCAACACCAGGUCUCCCUCAAUGGGCGUGGUCAGUUGCGAGCUGCUGGCCGUGGCCCUUGACCCCGUCGCUAAUCCAUCAUGGGAUGUAUAUGAGAUCAUCAUGAAAAAAUAAUGUGAUAGAAAAAGUUAUAGUCCUCGCACGAUUAUAUUUAGCAGUGUGUGCAUCUCAACUAGAUCAAUAGCGCUUUUUAAAUACAUCAUGUGCACGUUUAUCUUUCAGUCGGUUCUGGUAAUGAGCGUACGCUUAUUUACUUACUUUAACGUGCGCUUUCCGACAUUAUGCGUAUUUCAUACACGGCUGAACGUACGUUGCACACCCUGCUAAAUAAAGCCGCUCGCAGUCACCUGACUGUUGACCUUUGCCCGGAUUGUAGUCACGUGAUGAGAACUCAAUGAGAACAAAAAGGAUAUUUCUAGAAAAAUCGCACAAUGCAUUUUUUGUCAUUACUGAAGGUAAUAUUUCUUGUCGCUUGAACGGCGUUUUUUUGCUUUAAGUGUAUUAACCCACAUGCAGCUAUCGUCUUUCAUUAAUAAUAACGAUAUUCUAUGUCAAGAGGCGAGGACUAUAGGUUCAACAGUUUGCCUUCAACUUAAGGUCUCCGUAUAUGGGCGUGGUCAGAAGCGAGUUGCUAGCCAUGGCUCCUCGUUCCGCCGCCAAUGCAACAUGGGAUGUGUAUACGAUGAAUGGUGUUCAGAGUACAGCAGAGUGUGUGAGUGAGUUGGGGUUUACCCCGCUGUUACCAGUUUACCAGCUUUAUCACAGCAGUAGAUACCACAAAUGGUCUCCACUGCUCCCAUGCAACGAAUCAACCCCGGCCUUCUGCGUGACGAGCGAGCAUUUUGAUAAUUAGGCUAGGCCUGGGAAUCAUUAGGCAUACGCCUGGAAAGUUACUGACUGCGGCGGUGAACAACAUUCACUUUGGUAACUUUUAAAAUUCUGAAAAAAGGGCAGUUUCUAAAGUAAUAAAUAUCAUUUUUAUAUAAUGGGGGCGGUCGGGUAGCCUAGUGGUUAAAGCGUUCGCUCGUCACGCUGAAGACCUGGGUUCGAUUCCCCACAUGGGCACAAUGUGUGAAGCGGCGUAAAACCAUACUCACUCACUCACUAUCAUAUAAUAAUAUCACAUUAUAAUUAAAAUGGCGUAUUUUUUAGCUUUCAUAGAUUUUUAAACGGAGAAAAAUUUCACUUCUUUUUAAAUAAGGGAUAUCAUGGUAUUUAAUGUUCUAAAACAAAUGUAUGGAACCGUCAAGGAUGUGUUUAGACUCAGUGUAACAGCACACUAUUUUGCAACUUAUUUCGGAGUACGCUGAGGGUGUAUUUUUUCAGCCCUCUUCUGUUUUCUUUCUUUACACUGAACUUGUAAAUCGUGGGUAUGCUGCAUGUUGUUUGUUUGUUUGUUGUUUAACGCCACACUACGUCAGUAUUCCAGCUAUAUGACGGCGGUCUGUACCCUGACAAUCCAAUGAUUGAUAUCAUAAGCAUUAGUCCACGCAAUUGGGAUACGAUUACAUGCAUCAACCAAAUCAGCGAGCCUGACCACCAGAUCCCGUCAGUCGCCUCUUACGACAAGCAUGGGUUAACCCGAAUUUUGAUGGGUUAUAUUCUACAUUUAGUCAUGAC